CACUCUGCAUGCGACGAUGUGGUGAUGCUUCGCAGUCUUGUAUAUUGAUUUUCCUUCGUCCUCUUCAGCGACUUACCGCAGUAUACUGUUCACACUUCGUUAUUUCAUCUCACGUUAGUGGCCACAUGGCCUAUAAGUGAUCUCGGCAUUAUCCCAGUCUUAUCAAACCCACUUCGUACCCCUCAUUGAAUCAUGGAGAAGUUCUCCCAGUUCCGCGAUCGAGGAUCCGGCAUCGCGCCUUUCCUCCCCAUUCCCUCUCAACCCUCCGGCUUCCGACUCCCUCUACACGUCUUUCUCUUCUUCUUCCGACUUCCUCUAUUUAUAUUUGCGUGCUUGGCCUAUUUCGUUGUUCUACAAUGGCUCCCGAUCGGGUCUCUAGGCAAGAAGGCCUCGCUGUGGUGUAUUUUGGGUGUGCCCAGUAUAUGGUGGAUUGAUCUUCAGGUGGACGGCGUGAGGAAAGGUUCCCUUGCCAAACAACAUCAAGCCCGUCUUCCAGGUCCCGGAUCCGUCAUCGCCUCGUCCUUUACCUCUCCUAUCGAUGCGCUUUAUCUGGCCGCCAUCUUUGACCCGGUGUUUACUGCUUCAUACCCGAAUUCGCGUCAGGUGGAACGCAUCUCGCUACUGCAAGCCGUCCUUCGUUCGUUCUCCCAGCCACAGGCGAGCGCUCCCAAGGGCACGCGAUUGGUCGAUGUAUCGACUCUCUUGGAGAAGUAUCCCAACCGUCCUAUCGUCAUAUUCCCCGAAUGCACUACGACCAACGGCCGCGGAAUCCUGCCGCUCAGUCAGUCUCUUGUGGGAGCUCCUCCGAAGACCAAGAUUUUCCCUGUCAGCCUGCGGUAUACCCCGAUGGACGUGGUGACCCCGCUGCCUGGAAGUUAUCUGAGUUUCCUUUGGAACCUGCUGAGCAAGCCCACCCACUGCAUUCGCGUUCGAAUUGCCGAGUCUGUGGUGAGCGGCAGUGCUGCAAACACAACACCAUCUUCACUCAACUCUUAUGACACCAACUACUUGGACGUGCUAGAGCAAAAGGAAGCAGCGAUUACUCAGGGCGAAAAGGCUGUGCUGGACAAUAUUGGGGAGUCUCUUGCUCGUUUGGGCCGAGUCAAGCGGGUUGGCUUGGGUGUCCAGGAGAAGCGGGAUUUUGUCAAGAUGUGGACCAAGACGCGACGCACGUGGUGAUUGUGUUUACUGUAUACGAUUAGGGUUAGUAGAUAGUUGAUUCAUUCAUAUGAAGUUUAUCAACCAAACACGUUCUUUGUUUUUCGCAGAGCGGUGCCUGAGGGGAGAACGUGGUGGAGGCUACCAUGGUUGGGCGAUGAGGGGCUGAUUCGCGAUGAUAUCAAUUGACCUCGAGUAAUUUGAUAAUAGCAAUCCACCUGGUGACUCAAUAUCGAAGCGUCG